AUGGCACGAGCCGCCAGACGACGCGCCGCUUCGGCGUCAGAAAAUGAAGCCGAGGAAGCCUUUAUCAUGUCAACAAGACAUGCCAAUCGGCACGGCUCCGUCGAUUCCACCAUGACAGUGGAGGAGCUCGAGCCAACAGACGAUGCAUUAACAAAGCAGGAUAGCUGGCCCUUUACCACCACGACUUUCUCUACCGCAGACUCUGAAGACACGGUCGUGUCAGAGAGCUCUCAAAUGGCAGAGCGAAGGGCGGCACAUAAGAAAGCCCUCGCCGACUCCGCUGUACGAUUUGUGCGAACAAGACCAUAG